AUGAGUCACGUUCGUUACAACCAGAGACUUCAGGAGCCGUACGAGCAGGAGUGGCAGCAGCAGCAGCAGCAGGAGCACGAAGAGUGGUACCGUGGUAGUAGUGAGCGUAGUAGCGAGGACCGCUCUAGGUCGUCGCAGCAGCUGCGGCAACAGCUGCGGCAACACCAGCAACAGGAGGACGAGGAUUCGAUCGAGGAAGUGGUACGGUUGCACCAGCAACAGCUUCAGCAGCAGCAGCAGCAGCAGUAUUCGGGGCCGGGCACCUCGUCAGUUCGCCGACGUUCGGCCGGUGUGCAAGUAGGGGGAGGAGGCGGCGGCGGCGCGCUUGGUUGUAGCGGGGGUGCUGGGGGACGGGGCUUCGUUGCGGCGGUUGGCGGUGUUGUCGGGCAGGGAUUCCUUGCACUACGGCGGACGCGGGUUCGUGCCGGUUGCGCCUCAUAG